AUGAUGUGUCUGACCGCUACGCUCAUGAAGGUACCCACGUGUCGGGGCUACGCCCUCUUUGUAUACCUCAGCGCAGAUGCCCGGGACAAUUCCGCCAGCGCUCCCGUUCUGGUCAGACGCCGGGGCCACCAGCAUUCAUCACAGCACUGCCUAUGGACCGGCGACCGCCUACACCGAUCAGUACCGGGAUUUGUCUCCAACAAUGUACAGCCCGCACCAAGCGUCUUCGCCCGGGUCCCCUUCUUCGUCUUCGCCCUCGAGUUAUCACUCCGUUUCCCCCCACCAGCUCAUCGGCAUGCCGCACAUUCCAGAGUCGAUUCCAUUUUUUCCUGCCGAUCCCGUCCCUCGCGUUCCAUGUCUCUGGCUUGGCUGCAACGUCCUACUCGAUGAUAUCUCUACUGCAGGGAUCAAACGCCACAUCCGCGACUGGCAUGCGGAUCUGUCCGGGACGUCCCACAAGGACCGCAGGGCAUGCUUGUGGGAUGACGGCAAUGGAAGCGUAUGUGGCCGCGAGCUCGACGCCGCUAGCUUUGCCAAGCAUAUCGCGUCGGUGCACUUAAAGAGCACCGCACAGGAGUGCGAGUACUGCCACAACACGAUCGGUCGGGCCGAUUCGCUCGCUCGGCAUAAGCGGGACCACUGCCCGCAUCGUCCUCGCAAGUGAAGCCGAGCACAUGCCAUAAUCAUUUCGCGGCUUGGAGGGUGGUACGCCUGGUUCGUCUGGUCUUCAGGCUCUUGAUAAGUUCUUGCACUACUUUGUGCGCCUACAUCCCGCCUCCCAUGCCGUGUGGCGCAGGCGCUAUCCACAAAAGUAUACCUCGUACUGGUUCAUUGGUUAUCUGG